UAUUUUUAUCGGGAUUUGCGAAAAGCGAGCGCCCAUUUUUCAAAAUUUUCAAUCACAGAUGAAUAAUGCAUGUAUGUCUCUAUCUAUGCAUCCCAGCUGGAGAUUUGGGGGUGUGCACCACUCUCAUCUCUACUCAAUAACAGCCCUUUCAUUUAGCCUAAGGAAAUUGUGCGUUUGUUAGAGAUUGAAAGAGGAGGAAAAUGGAGAAAGCUCUUAUGAAGGUAAGCAGCUUGAAAGCCGGGAGCUUUUGGAUAUCAAGCAAAGCCAAGGAGGAGUUCUCUAAUAUCACUCAGGACAUUACGUAUAUCUCAAAUACUGUGGAAGAGAAGGCAAAGUGGGUUUUCAACAAGCUAAAAGGAAAGCCAGUGAAAACCUUGCCUGAUCUUCUCCGAGAGUACAACUUACCACCUGGCCUCUUUCCCCAGAACAUAACAUGCUACGAGUUUGAUGAAUCAAAGGCCAAGCUGACUGUGUACCUUCCCUCUGCCUGUGAAGUCAGCUUCAGCGACUCCUCUGUAAUAAGGUAUGCAACCAGGGUAAAAGGAAUUCUUCUGAGGGGAAAGCUCACAGGAAUAGAGGGCAUGAAGACCAAGGUCCUGGUAUGGGUAAAGGUCACAAAUGUUGCAGUUGAAAGCUAUAAGUCUGACAAAGUGUGGUUUACAGCGGGUGUGAAGAAGUCAAGACCUAAGGAUGCUUAUGAAAUGCCCCGUGAUGCUGUCAGAGUACAAGAAUUUUGAGUUUGGAUGAUUGAAGCUGGAGGACGUGAUUGUCGAGACAGAGAGUCAGUAGAUGACCUUGGUCUCCAGUAGUGUCUUUUGUUUUAUUAUGCAAAAGAUGAGCUACAUUGCAGUUAUUCCUUUCCUAGUAUGAAAUCUCAUACUGGUUAGGAGGUUUAUGCAAAUGUAGAUUUUUGGUGGUGGAUAAACAUAAACUUGAUGUGCUCAUUAUACGAUGGUGCAAUUAAACCGUCUUCGUGCCUUUGAUGUUUAA